AUGCAAGUUUAUAAAAAUUUAUCUUCUACUGAAUUAUCUGAUAAAAGUAGUUCACCAUUAAUUAAUAAGCCAAAUAGAGAAUUUUGGUUUGCACUACCUAUUAAUGAAAUCGUAGAUGAUAAUAAUGAUACUCAACAAUUUUUUAAUAUAAUCAAAGAUAAAAAUAUUCAACAAUAUACUGGUGAAAAUAUAAUUGAAGUUGAUGAUAAUAAUAAUAUCAAUAAUCUUCUGGUGAAACUAUAA